GAAAAUCCAACUCACAAACCCUUCCAAAUAUGCAGCGUUAUCGUCAAGGAUUUAGAGCAAGCUAUUGCUUCGAAAUUCUUCAGCAAGGAUAUUAUAGACAGUUUGAAAGGAAUCAGAGACAAUUGGCAGGAAUGGAAAAAGAAUCACCUUAAGCACAUUCAUGAGGAAUGGAAUGACCAGUGCAAAACUCAGUUUAAAUCAAGUGUUAAUAAAUAUCAGCAAAGUGUUGCCACAAUAGUUGACACAGAAAUUGGAAAGUGGUGCAAAGAAGUUGUCAAUGAUAUGGAAUCUCUAUCCCUCAAGCAUUCUCUUGAGCAUUCUGAAAACGAAGAAGAGGAUGGAUUGCCAGGAAAGGUUCAGCGACAGGAAAUAAUCAACGAAGUCAUAGAUGAAGUCAAUCGUGAAUGUUAUAUACAGCAAGAGCCCAAUUUAUCAGAAACAUUGCCUGAGAAAUAUAUCAUCCAUGGUGUUGAUAUUGCCAUGAUCCUAAAGGAGUGCCAGAAGUUGGGAAUUAUGA